GCCAGGCGUCGGGCGGGCGCGCACCCCGGGACGGUGCAGCGGCUCGGCGGCUUUGUGCAUCGCGGAGGGAACCCCGGCUGCGUCCGGGAAGGGGCGCCCCCGCUCAGGGGCGGGAACGGCGCGGGGGUCCCGGGAAAGGGGCGGCUGGACCUGCCGGCCUGCGGGCAGCGGAGAGCGCUAGCCAGGGAGAGCCGGGAUGGGGCAGGGCUGCUGGAGAUCGUGGGCGACCGCUGCGGGUCUGCUAGCCGGGAGUCGCGGAGGCGCGUCUCGCAGAGAGGAUUGAGAGGAGGACUACGCGGCAAGGGAUAGGCCCAGAAUAACAACCCGAAAACAAAAUCUCAUCAUGGCCAAUAUCCACCAGGAAAACGAAGAAAUGGAGCAGCCCCUGCAGAAUGGACAGGAAGACCGCCCCGUGGGAGGAGGUGAGGGCCACCAGCCUGCUGCAAACAACAACAACCACAACCAUAACCACAACCACAACCACAACCACAACCACAAUCAUCACCGGAGAGGACAGGCCCGCCGACUUGCCCCUAACUUUCGAUGGGCCAUUCCCAACAGGCAGAUGAAUGAUGGGUUGGGUGGAGAUGGAGAUGAUAUGGAAAUGUUCAUGGAGGAGAUGAGAGAGAUCCGGAGAAAGCUUAGGGAGCUGCAGUUGAGAAAUUGUCUGCGUAUUCUUAUGGGGGAGCUCUCUAAUCACCACGACCAUCACGAUGAAUUCUGCCUUAUGCCUUGACUUCGGUCAUUUCCCCUGAGAUUCAUACUGUGAUUCCCGCUGUAUUCCUAGCCCUUGCAUUUUCCUGACAUGCCUUUAAAUGACCCGUUUGUGGUGAGCCUUGUGUUAUUUCCAUGUGCCAGGCGGGGCUUGUGUUGCCAACUUAUAAUUGGAAAUUGCCUUCCCACUCAGUGUGAGUUUCUGUCAACAGUACAGUGUUGCCCAUUUGCAUGGAAAAAAUGUAAAGUCAAUAAAGCAACUGAAAAGCAA